AUGACGGCGAUUUGCGUCGACAGCGGCGGAGGUCUGACGGCCAAAGGGCUCGACAUCAGCCUGGCCGCCUUGCAGAGGCACGAUCCUUACAUCAAAAAUAUCUUGGACGUAGCCAGCCAAGUGGCUCUGUACACUUACAACAACAGAGCCAAUGAGUGGGAAAAAACUGAAGUGGAGGGAACUCUGUUCAUCUAUACGAGGUUGGCCUCUCCCACACAUGGCUUCACUAUCAUGAACAGACUCAGCAUGGAGAACCUAACUGAGCCCAUCACCAAAGACUUGGACUUCCAACUCCAGGACCCAUUUCUGCUGUACCGCAAUGCACGCCUGGUCAUUCACGGCAUCUGGUUCUACGACAAGGCCGACUGCCAGCGCGUCGCCCAGAGGAUGAAAACUCUGACUCAGCUGGAACAAGCGGUGGGGCAGGGCGGCUGGCUGCCCUCGGGGGAAGGUGCAGGCGGCGAUCAGGGUGAAGGGCAGGUGGUAGAUAUCAUCCAGAUGCUCACUAAGGCUCAUAGCCAAUACGACAAGGAGAAAUCCACUUCAGAGCCGAAGGAAAUUGGUAGCAGCGGCGUCCUUUUCGGGAAGCCCAACCUCAUCAAACCCAUCCCAGUCAAGCCCACCACUGAACAUGACGCCAAAGAGUCCAAGCCACUCUCUUUGGCGAUGUUGUUCGGUUCUCCAAAUGAGCGGCCACCACAACUUGACUUCGCCCCUACCGCCCCCGUCACACGAAAAGUAACUCGCCUUCCAGUUGCGCGCACACUCACGUACGACACACCUGAAGCGACUUCAGGACACCUCCCUCAGCACUGCCCGGCAAUCCAGAAACUCAUGCAGGCUCAGAGAUGCGUCCCGGGGGAGGCUCUCCAGACGCUGUCAGAGUCGCCGGAGAAGCGACUGUGCGACAAUGGCGUCUUGCUGGACCAUCUUCACCUCUACCACCAUCAGAUCCACCAUCACCACCAAGUGGAUCCAAUCAAGAGGCUGUUCCAAAGCCAGCCUUGCUGUUCAGCGCAGUGUUCUCACCAGCAACCAGUUUUGAUCCACUCCAAGCAGCAGCUGGAUUCAGGUGACGCUUCCCAUGUCCCCGGUGCGCUUUCUCCGCACGAGCUGGUCCACAAGCUGCAGCUGGUCCAACAGGAGCAGAACCAGGCCUCGAUGGUACCGCCACGCCUCAGCCCUGCCCUGGCCCCCCGCUUCCAGGGGCCGGCGAGCCUGAACGCGGCGAGUCCGAAAGUGACUCUGCAGUUUCAGGAAUCUUCCCCGCAGACGAUCCCCGCCCCCGUGUCCCCGAUAAUGCUGCUCUCCCCGAGCGUCUUCUCUCAGGUGAAAUCGGACGUCGCCAAGCCCGACUCCCAGUCCGCUUAUUCGCCUCAGAAGGACAGCAAAGUUCUGACCAGAAGCCAAUUCCAGGCAGCCUUGCUGCACCUGAUCCAGACAGACAACUCCUUCCUGGACACCAUCUAUGAGACCUAUGUGGGGCAAUUUUGCUAA